CCUUGUCUUGUUCCUGUUCUCAGGGGGAUGGGUUUCAGUUUUUGUCCAUUGAGUAUUCCUUUGCAUUUUUAAUAUACACAUAUGGCAGGGUGUUAAACGUGACGUUCAGUGUUCUGUGAAUUUCAUUUGAGAACAACAGAUGUCAGAGAACCUAUGCAGAGUGUGCUACGAGAUUGUUAAGGAGAUUUUUGUGGCCCUUAGUUUGUUACCUUCUCAGGUAUAGAUUUAGAGAGAAUUGUUGGUAUGCUCUGUGGUGUUUCUCCUUCCCUCUUGCUUCUCUUCCUUGUCAGUCCAGGUGAGAUACGUGUCCAAGAAUCAUUUGGAGGACUGCAUGGGUAUCCCCUGGAAAGUGGAGGUAUGUAGGUUCCUGACUCAUGCCUGGAAAAAUGUUUAAAGGUGUGUAAGCUUUCAGGAAGCUGGUCACGAGCCAGCUCUGUCUGUGGAAGUGUCUCUCUCCGAGGUAAUGGAGGCGUCUCAGUUCUAGCUCCCUACCUCUGGUCGGCCCAAGUCCUGUCGUUUCUCUUUGCCAGGACAAUGCUACCCUAGCUCCAGCCAUUAUGGUCAGUGUGGGGCUCUGACAACUACACCUCCUCGGGGCCAUCCCAGAAGUAGUUUGCACUUAUGCUGUGUCUUUAGCCCAUCCCUUCAUUUCUGGCUCCUGGAAUUCAGCUACUCAUUAUUCUAUCCAGAAUUUCUAGGAGUUGGUACUGAGAGGCUUUCAGGUUAUUUUCAUCUGGCAUUUUGCCAAAACUAGAUGUCUAUUUGAACUCACUGAGUGUCUGCUUUCCAUAGUAGAUGGUAAACUCCCUUUCAGUUUGACCAUGUAGGUGACCAGAUAAUCGUUCCUGGUCACUGCUUUAUCUCCAGCUCUCAACACAGAGUCUGGCACACAAUGAACGCUGAGUAAAUAUUUGUUGAACAAAUGAGUGACUUUCACAUACAUCAAGGCUUCAGCAGUGAAGGAUAGAUGUAAUCAUGUCUACAAACAUGAGCACGCCAAUGAAGAGCCUUAUGGGAGGGCUGGAAAGCCAGGCGCCUGUAUCGUUUCAGCUUUGCUACAAUUGACUCGCCUCAGCUCACCUAACAGCUUUCUUUUGGCACGGUUUUUCCCGUUUCUAGACUUCAUAAAACUCCCACUUCAUUCCUAUCCUCUUUUAAAAGUCCAAUUUAUUUAGGUAUAACUUACAUGUAGCAAAGUGUACCAAUUUAAGUGUAUGUUUAGAUGAGUUUUGACAGAUUUAUAUGCCCAUGUAACCACUAGUACAGUCAAGAUGAGGAAGAUUCCCAUCACUACAAGAAGUUCCCUUUCCCCAGGCAAUUCCCCAAACUCUCAGCCCCCGGUUGCCACGGAUCUGCUCUCUGUCCCUGUAGGUGAGAUUACUCUUUUCUAGAGUUUCAUAUAAAUGGAAUCAUAUAGUAUGUGCUCUUUGGUGUCUGACUUCUACUCAUUUAAUGUUUUUGAGAUUCAUCCAUGUCACUGUAAGUAUCAGUAGUUCAUUCUCCUCCCCUAUCUUUUUGAAAUAAGAGAGUUUCUCCUGUUUCUAAAGGAGUUCUUUUCCUUCUCUCCUUCUCUAACUUUCCCUGUUGCUCUUUCCUCUCUCAGUUCCCUUAAUUUCCAGUCUAUCAUCAGGUGUUGUAAGUCACUUUUCCUUCCACAGGUUCUGUAAUCCAAGAUGUCUGUAAAGAGCUGGAAUAGCACAAGGAUGUCGUCUUCAUCCAGGCUUAUUCCUGAGUGGAAGGACUUGAAACUCCUCAUAGAUAAUAAGCUGAAGGAUAUAAAGGUGACGUGUGUGAGAGAGAUGCACAUGGUGGGCUUAGACUAAUUAUCUAUCCCUGCUAAGGCAGCCUGUGGCACGGGCAACAGGGAGCAGCUUCGGAAGGGUCCUCCCAUCCCCCUAAAAAACUCUCCCUUCUAGACUAAGAUGAUAACAUUACUUAUAAUUAGCACACUUUCUGAUACAAAAAACAGAGAAUGCACUCACAUGGAUUAGACAAGCAGGAGGCAUCUUUGUCUUACAUGUCAUCAAGGACCCAUGUUCUUUUCUGUUCUUUUUCACCAACCUUGAUAUUUUAGCUUAUUAUCUGAAAGUUACUAGAUUAUUUGCUGCACUUCCAUGUAUCAGCUUUAAAUUGUAAGUAGGUAGAAGAGAAAAAGGCAGAAAGCCCAGAGCUGUGACGGCCAUGGAGUACCACGGUGCCACUCUAUACUGCCAGAAUUUCUGGGUCCAUGAUCGCCCUAAACAAGAUUCAAGUUUUAUUGGGAUGGAAGGCGGGGCAAGAGGAAGGAAGGGAGAUUUAUAGAGAGGAGGCAACAGUAGUGCCAGGCACAGACACAUUGCUUGAGCUUAAGACAGUCUUGAUCUUUUAGUGUCCUCUGUAGAUAGACGUUGCUAUUGUUGACUGAGUGAAUGAGCUGUUUGUACGUGAAGUCUGGAAAGAAGAAAAGGAAUGAUGAUUAACUAAUGGAAUAAAGGGUAUAUAAAUGAGCUUUCUGAUUAAAUGGGAGUUUGGGAGCUCAGAUACCAGGGUCCUUUCUCUCAACUCUGCUGCUGUCACUGAAUCAGUAAUGACAAUGGGUACUAGAAGCCCUCCAGCUCUCUGCAUUCUGUAUUCUCUCAGGAUACACAAAGAUCUGAAAAUGAGAAAUACAGGGAGAAGAGAGAUUCUGAGUUGCAGAUAAUGGCCUCAGUAUGGUCUCAAAUCCUUUGUGGAUGCAGGAAGCAGGCAUGAGAGACAUUUUGAGUAAAGAAAUAUUAACAGUUUGGUUUAAUUCAAUGUCUUACUUUUCAGCUUAGGUAGUCAUAGCACAAAUUCUGGUGCAGAGAAACUUGGAGAGUUAGAGUCAUGGAGCAUUGUUCAGGAGGCAGGUAUAGCAUAAGUAUCUGCUGAGAAGAGAGACCUCAAAAGCCAACUUCAUGAGCCUCAGUUUUCACUGCUCAGGACGAGUUGAUGCACUUUUAUGCUAGAUAUACACUAUGUCCACCGGAAUGUAGUGUGCAUUGCACAUGUUCUACUGUGUAACAUGUUAAAAGGUAUCUAUCUCCCUUGACACACACACACACACAAACCCCACUGGGUGAGACUCCAGAAUGUUGGAGUCGAAGCACAGUCUAACUCCAUGCUGUGAAUAGCAUGUUUCCCUUGGAUGUCCGUAGGAAUAGUGAAGGCGGAGUGUGCCACAGGUGUAGCUGGCACACGUGGGGGCAUUCUCUGUCUGUGAAGUAUGAGUUUCCCAUAGGCAGUAUAUCAUGAGUGUGAAUGUGACAGGAGUAGUCCUUUGGGGCUAGGCAGGAACUGUGAAGAGUUGUUGCAACCGUGACAGGUAGCAAUAUUUGCCAAGGUUGGGGGGCCUUGUCAUUCUCGCAUGGGAUUGUACCCCUUUCUUUUGAAGCACUUACUUGUUUUCCACAGUCAUUUGUUAGUGGUUUGUUUAAUGUCUGUUUCCUCCACUGGAUCUUUAUCUUUUGAGAGCUAAGGCCGUGUGUCCUUUGCUCAGCAUUGUGUCUACAGUGUUUGUCAUAGAACAGACCAGCCUUCCUCAAAUGUGGCUCCUCAUGUGAACCAUGGAACACAGAAAAUGAUUUGAGGGGCUAUUUUCUCAGUUCUCUUAAGGAUGGUACAUAACCAGUAGCAUUCUAGACGCAUAGGGAAGAGAUGAAUUCAUUAUGUAGAGUGGAUACUUUAGGACUUCAGGGCUCACUUCUCUUAUGGAGCCCUGGUUGAGAAGGGCUGAAGGUGCUUUGACGACUUAGGAUGUAUUCUGAGGGGGAGGGAGGCAUGACUCCCCAAAGAGUGCUUUCCAGUAGUAGAGUGAAUAAAUGUUGGUUAGCUAAACAACAACAAAUGUCCACUAAUCCCUCAAUAAAUAUUCAUUAAAUGAGUGGAGACUCAGUCCUCUUAGCUCAGGUCACUCUUCUCUCUCAGGCUGAUAGAAAACCAAAGAAUGAUGUGGUUGUACUGAGUGACUGGCCUGAGACUCUAUACCAGGAGCCUCACCACCCCAGAAGCAAGCCUUUUAUCUGCUUUUACUCCAUCAACGCCAACUACUUCGUCUCCUUAAACUGGGUGGAACCGAGUUCAAAAGAAACGCAGGUAAAGCGACGUGACCUUUUUAUUUUCCUCCUUCUUUCUCCACUUUACCUGCAUCAUACCUAAAUUGCCCUCGUCUCAGAAUGAGGAGGGUGAUUCUGAGUUGGCACAUUUUAAUAGCCAUCUCCAUAUCCCAAUUGACCUGGAUGCAGCGGUUCUUCUUCACCUCUAGUCACUGGAAUUCAUAUGCCCCAUAAAGUAGACGGAAGGCUAAGGAAAGAGCCACAGCAUGGGGCUUCUAUCACAUACCCGACUCCUCGUGCCAGGAGACUCCCGAAGUCAGGCUGUCCAGUCUUUCCUUAGUCCCACAAGAGGGAACCGGUAUCUAAACAUGCAACCCUUUCUUACCCCCUCACUAUUGGGAGAUAAUCUGCCUCCACAGUCAAGCUUUCCUCUUUCCUCCUCUUCUAGGCAGUACUUUGGGUACAGGAAAAAGAUCUGGAAAUGGCAGGAAUGAUAGAGAAGACGAAGUUUAACGUGAUGGAUCAAGUGCCACCCAUCGAAGCAAUGGUCCACACAGGUUCCUACCACAUGUUAAUUGCUUACUGUGGCGACAUGCACCUGUGGCUCUUUGGAGACCACCAUCAAGCAUUCACACCUCUGGGUACAGUGCCCUGUCGUUUCUCCAUCAGCUGCCUCUGCUAUGACUCAGAAGCUGAGAUGCUGCUCUCUGGUACCUUAGGGGCUGUGGUUACCUGGUUUAUCUCACCAAACGGCAGGGGCCUCGAGAUGGCACAAGCAGUGCCCUUGCCUGGUUGUGAGUUUGUACAGGGCUUUUCCCUGAAUGGCCCCCGGGGCUCCCUCUUGGCUCUUUGUGAGAAUAAGGUGAGGGUCUUCACCCACCAGGGACAGGGCCGGCUGGAAGAGGUAAAGAAGUUCAUUCCUGUAGGCAGUGGCUCCUCCAUCACCUGCUCCUUCACUUGUGUCUCUCAGGGCUAUCUCUAUGCUGGAAACAGGAAUGGAGAGAUCCAUGCUUGGGGUCUAGACCAGGGUAACUUCCUCCACAGCUUCCAGGCCCAUUCUUCGUCAGUGAUAUGCAUCCAUAGCCGGCCAGAGGCCCACACGUUACUAACAGCAGGCAGUGAGGGCGCAGUGAGGGAAUGGAAUCUUGCCUUUGGGAACUUGCUGCGGCAGCUGAAUAUUGCUGGGGAUCUGCAGCAACUGCAGUUUAUUGAUAACACCGCUUUUUGCUGCCAGACCACCUACACCUUCUCAUUGUACCGUCUGCCCUACUUUUAUAGCCUCUUCAAUGUCUGUGGCUCUCCUCCCCAGCAGGUGCAGCGGGUCUGCUGUGGCCAUAAUUGGACUCGAAUCCUGUGUGCCACUAAGGAUGGUUUAUUGCGCUUCUUGUCUCCAGUAACAGGAGAUCUCCUGGUUAUCACCUGGCCUCUACUUGUCAUGGAUAAGGCUGUGGCUUGGGCCUAUGACUCAGACAGAGAGGAGCUCUUUGUGGCAACAGACAGUCCAGAGGUGCUGGUGUUUGAUGCAACACGCUCGCCUUGCACAGCCAAGUAUCUUGUGUGCACUUCAGUAAACCAUGAGGAUAGAGUAAGAUGCCUGGCCUAUGCGCAGUCCUGUCUGGGGAAGGGCCUGGUGGGACUGAUGUUCUGUGGGCAUGAGAGUGGCAUUGUGAGAAUCCUCUCCCACUACAGCUGUGCCCGAACAGAGAAGACAGUUCACUCUGGGGCAGUAUUGGCACUGUCUACCCUGGAAGGCCCCCAGGAAGACUGCUUGCUUUGUUCCUACGGCAUGGAUAAUGUUGUCCACCUGACAGAAGCUGUACUUCAGAGGAACAAGGUAACCCUGAAGCCUGUCAGCAAAAUUUUCUGCAGCUCUCUGCUAACAUAUGUGAUCCUCUUGCCAGGUUCUGUGGGCGCCAUCACUGAGAACAACUGCUGGCGUCUCUGGCACUACCAAGAUUUUCCAACAUCUUCAGGAUCAGAACAAAGCUCUAGGUUUAAAGAGACAAAACGCCUGCACGAGUGUGCUAUCACCUCAUUUGAUGUCUGCCUUUCCCUGAAACUUUUUGUCACGGGGGGCACUGAUGGCUCAGUCCGGAUCUGGGACUUCCAUGGUAGACUCAUAACUGAGUUGGACUCAGCACUGCAUUUUGGCCCACUCUGCUUUGCCAAUAAUCGGGGUGACCUGCUUGUGACUUUUAACCAGAGUCUUUACCUGGUAUCCUGCUUGAAACUGCUCCAUCCAGCUCGGCUGACUCACCUAACUAUCCUAAACAGUGCCGAUCACAGACAAGAAGCCCCUAAACCCUUCCUGCCUAGCUUCUUCUUUUCUUUUGAAACAGUGUUUGUACCCAAAUUUGUCUACCUUGGACAAGGGCUGCAGGAAUUACAGGGGCUAGAGGCCCUUGUUAACAAACGGGUCAUUGCCUUUGACAAUACUGUGCCCCAUGUUGUAGAGGAAGAGAGACAUAUGUCCUCUGUCAUUCCAGAGGGAUCCAAAUCACAUAUUUUGGAGGAUAAGGGUAUUGAUUCUUCUACUCUGGACUCCAGACAUAAUCGUCCCCUACACGUGGUUCCCGCUCAAUUACGGCUGGCCGGCUGGGAUGGACUGAAGCCCUACCAUAUGUUACGGUGCUUCUUUGGUCAUGGGAGGCAAUGGCCCCUCGCUCCUGAUGGCUACAUCCCCAACUCAGUGAUCCGUGCCCGCCUUUGGCCUGAGGGUACCCCAAUAUUCCUACGCUGUGAUCUGUACCCAUCCUACCGAGAUGAGGAAAGGGACAAGAGUGAACUGUCACCUAUGACUCUAACAGAAGAGAAAAUCUCAAUGGGUAAACAGGAGAAGAAACCCAGGAAGGGGAAACGAAGUUUCUUUGAUGUUCUUCUAAGCAUGAAAAACCAAAAUUGGAUGGGAAAAUUUGAUGAACGACUUAUAAAUAAUGCAAUCGAGGCCAUCCUCAGCCUCACAAUUUGCUGUUCUGUAGAGCAAUACAAGACAUAUAUUAGUGUCCUGGCAAAAACUUUUGCCAAUUAUGAAGUGCCUUCAAAGUUGCGCUCUGAGGCUGCCUGUCGCUUCCUGGAAGAUACAACCUAUUCCAAUCCGCGGAUCCGUGAGCUAGCCUGGGAGGCACUAGAAAGGCUAGGCCUCAUAAGCCAUCUCUUCGCUAUUCCACUGGCUGUGGGAUUGAUGGACAGUAACGAAAAUGUGCGGGCUAAGGCCUUAUACCUUAUGAUAAGAGUCACAGGCAUCCAGACUAAGACCAUGCUGGUGGGCCUGCUAAAGAAACCAGAAACUCUCCAGGAAAUGCAGUAAGUUGGUGGUGACCUUCUUCCCUUCUGUCCCUUCUAGCUCUAACCUGAUUGCUGAUUCUGAUUGCUGAUUGAACAGCAAGCAUUUCUGUACCAUAAAGCCUCAGUCUCCUUUGCCUUUGUACCUCUUAUGGUAGUUCAUUGAACUAGAUAGUACAAAGGAUCCCACUCAGGAACUCUGGUUUUUCUUAACUAUUUUUCUCCCAAUAUCUCUGCAGGUAAAAAUCUGAUUGCUUCUCCUCCUUUUCUACUACUCUUUUUCUAUUCUUUUCCUCCCCCAUGUUCUUUGUUUUUAUUCACAUUUUCCCCUAGUGCCUACCCCUUUUCUUCUGACCAUUGGCUAGCCUGCCCCUGCAUUAUUUCCUCACUACCUUAAAUUCCUUAAGACUCAAGCCUACAAAUCUCCCAACCAAAGAAACAUCUUGUGUCACCCUGACUACUCUAUUCCCUGCUAUCUUUGAUUCUUUUUCCUUUAUCCGUCCUUUCCUUCAGAAGACACUGUCCUAAGUGGCUACUUAUUUCUGCCUCUUCCAUUGUCGUUUUCCCUCCUCCCCCUCUCCUGCUCCCGCCCUCCUCCUCUUCUUCAAAUUUUUAUUGCUGGCUCAGGAUUAUCCUCCUUUUCUCUUGACUUUUGCAGGAAGCAAUUUAUUGGAGAAGCCUCUCUGGACCAGCUGCUGGGGAUUCAAGCUAAAGACAUCCAGUGGCUGCUUACUCAGGUGCAGCAGCGGCUAAAAGAAAACCUGACCUUGUCACGUGGAGACCAAGAAUUUACUUUUUCUUUAGAUAGAGCAAGGGCUAGUGAACUUGAGGCCCUUUAUGAAGAAACACGCACACCUUUUUCAGAACAUAAAAAGAUCAUUAAACCGAGGAGAAGAACGACACAUAUUCAAGCAAGGAGCAGAUAUCAUAGUAAAAAGGAUCUGAAAGUUUCCAGGAAGCAGAGACGGACAGAAUCUGUAAAGUUUAGUCCUGUGUUGGUGGAGUCAGAGGAUCAAGGUGAACAAAGAGAGGCCAGGAAAUCAGGGCAAACUGACACCCAGG